CUAAUUUAGAGUUUACGCAUCUUUUCAUUGUAGGAUAUAAGGUAUACCUUUAUGGAGGUUGUGUAUGAGAUCUUGUAUCAAAUAGAACUCCUAAACAUUAUUUUUUCAAUUCAGUGUUUAAUCCGGAAGAUAUAUUUCUCUGCUUCAUAAUGGUCUUUUAUGAGUUGGUGAAGAAUUGAUAUGUUAACAGGUUUUCAAGAGGACCAUCCUCAUCGAGAAUCCUGGCUCUGCACCCACUUCAUAGGCACGCCCCCUUAAAAUGUCUGCGGUAUGGAGAGCGAAACGAUGCAUAAGCUUGGCGGCCGGAGACUGUCCUCGAUUGAUCAAAUUUGCUCUUCAGGCUCCAAAGAAUGUUGUUGCCGAAUUUACAGACGGAAGUAGGUACAACUUGCCUGCUGAAUUUUUAAGGGUGUUCAGCCCUUCUGUUGAUAGUAAGAUCAGAUCAAUUGGUGGUGAAAAGGUGAUUUAUGGACGCCGUCAUGUAGGGAUCAUGUCUGCAGAACCCGUAGGCAACUACGGGGUAAGGUUACUUUUUGACGACUUGCAUAAAACUGGGAUCUAUACAUGGGACUAUUUCUAUCAUCUAGGAAGCAACAAAUUCACCCUCAUGAGAAGCUACAUCAACAUGUUGAGGAAACAUGGUCUUAGCCGCGACCCUCCUGCCAAAAAAUAAGGUUAUCAAAUGCUGGUGGAAAAUAGAAGAUGGUGGUUAUGAUCCAAGACCUACAUUUUGUAAAAAGGGAAGAAGAAAAAGGCC